AUGGCAAACACAAAUCGAGAGAUCUCCUGGAAAACUUCAGAACCUCGUAAUAAACAUUCUUCUGCGCACCCUCCAUCAAGGUCGAACCAUUUAGAGAAAAUAGGAAACACAUUAUACAGUACACACAAGAACGCCAAAUGCUCUGUAUUAAAAAAUGUGAUUUCUAGGCAAAUGGAACAAGCAGAAUCGAAGAAAACCAAGAAAGAGGAGAGAAUUAAACGCUCAGUAGUAAGACUGGGUGCUAAAUACGCAGAUAUCACAAUACAAGGAAUUUUCAAGUCUGCCACAAAACUCUCUCUCUCUCAGACUAGAGAUCUUCUUCCAGAUGCAGACACAAAUACUCUGAUGAUGCUGAUGGACACUAUGAACAGGAUGAUACACUCGCAUCUCAAUAACUACGACAGUAAGAAAAUACAGUAG